UGGAAGACCUGUCAAUCAAUGUUGACGCCCGCCCCUUCCGGCCAUCGGUCAGGGUCACUCUAGUGUUUGUGAAUGGCAGGAGAGCGGGGGAAAGAAGCCAGUUUCUGGCUUGAAUUUGAUGGUUAAACAUUAAACAUCUCCCUACCUUAAGAGAAGCUUCAUAACUGCUCAGCCAGGGAGGCCCUGGACCAACCUAUUGCCUCAGUCAUGCAGAAGAAUACUCUCUCGUCUCCAGGACUGCAGGCUUGGCAUUUCCCAGUAAUUUGGCCAGUCUUCUGCCGGAGGGAGAAUGUGUCCGAAGAGAAAAUAACUUCUUCACCUAACCUGUUAUUUCUUUUGGAGCACCACUCAUUAAUGGAGAAGCAAGAAUUAAGAAAAAGCUGUCCUGCUGUUCAGGCUGGGAAUAGAGUAGGAUUCUGGGAAAGAGGAGCCAUGCAGAAGAGCCAGGGAAUGGAUCUGCCCAAUUUAGAGGUGCAGCGCCAGCGCUUCAGAAAUUUCCACUAUGACAAAACUGAGGGACCCCGGAAGCUUUGCAACCGACUCCAUGGUUUCUGUCAUCUGUGGCUGAAUCCAGAGCAACACACCAAGGCUCAGAUCCUGGACCUGGUGAUCCUGGAGCAGUUCCUGGCUGUCCUUCCCCCAGAGAUGGCCAGCUGGGUCAGGGAAUGUGGGGCAGAGACCAGUUCCCAGGCGGUGGCCCUGGCCGAAGGCUUCCUCCUGAGCCAGGCAGAGGAGCAGAGGCAGCAGCAAAAGCAGCAGGUAGUGUUUCUGAAAGAAGCCAUUGAGGGUCUUGAGGCAGCAAAGGGUCCCUCAGAUUCUGAGCAGGAAGUGCAGUCCAUGUGGAUCUCAAAAGAAAAGGACAGAGAUGCCUCAUUAGUAGAUGAAAGAAGGACAACACCGAUCCGUAGCAGCUCAUUUUUUCAUUUUGAUGACUUGAGAACAGCGUUCAAGGGCCUGGAUCAGGUGACCUUUGAGGAAGUGUCUGUGUCUUUCAGUGAGGAGGAGUGGGCCCUGCUAGAUCCAGACCAAAGGGCCCUGCACGGGAAAGUCAUGGAGGAGAAUAUGCAGAUUGUAUCAUCCCUGGGUGAUGGUCAGAAGAGUGAGAAUGUACGAGAACUAAGGAUCUCUUGGCUGCAAAGAGCCCAGGAUCAACAGAAGAAAGAGAAGCAAACAAAAAAUAUCACUCAUGGGAAGAUGGGGAACAAACCUUUUGAUUCUCAAGCUUUAGAUAUCUCUGACAUCUCCACCCAAGAAAAAGCAGAAGGAGGAAAUAGAAGGAAUAAAAGUAUUUCUCUUGAAUAUGGGGGGAACAUCAAUUUAAAUAUGGUGGGAACCUCGAUCCAUAGUGGAACUCAUACAGACAGAAUUCACACACAAGAGAAGACCUUUAAUUUCAUGGAGUGUGAAAAGAGGUCACAUUUUGUGUCACAUCAAAAAACCAACACAGGGGGAAACCCCUCCAAUUGCUUGGACUCUGGAAAAAGUUUUGGUCAGACUCAGCUGUCUUCUAAGGAAAACACUCUGUCCACGGAAAAACAAUUUAAGUGUUUAGAGUGUGGAAAGAGCUUCAUGAAAAAGAUGAGCCUCACACUUCAUCAAAUAAUACACACAGGGGAGAAACCAUUUAAGUGCUUGCAGUGUGGAAAAAACUUUCGUUGGAAGUCAAACUUCACUUGUCAUCAAUUAACUCACAUGGAAGGGAAACAGUUCAAAUGCCUAGAGUGUGGAAAAAGCUUUCGCUCAAGGUCAAACUUAUCUUCUCAUCAAUUAACUCACUUGGUGGAGAAACCAUAUAAAUGCCUGGAGUGUGGGAAAAGUUUUGGUUGGAAGCAGAGACUUGCAGAUCAUCAAAUAACUCAUGCAGCAGAAAAACCAUUUAAAUGCCUGGAUUGUGGGAAAAGUUUCAAUUGGAAAUCAAAUUUCACUCGUCAUCAGUCAACUCACAGAGCAGAGAAACCAUUGGAAUCAGAGACUUGUAGAUCCUCAAGCAACUGAUAUAGCGGAGAAACCAUUUAAAUGCCAAGAGUGUGAGAAAAGCUUCAGUAAGUAGAGCCUUGCUAGUCAUCAUUUAAUUCAUACAGGGGAGAAACCAUUUGAAGGCUUAUGUGUGUGUCCUCAAGUCACCUGUCAACUUAGGAUGACCAUGAGUUUCAUAAGGUUUUCUUAGGGAAGGAAUAUUUAGAGGUGGUUUGCCAGGU